UGUCAUGCCGCAGUGCAUGUGCUGAUAUCGGUCUCUCAAAUCGUUCGACGUUUUAGUAACAUACUUUGAAGGAUCUUCUUGGUCAAGUUUUGGAUUUUGGUUCUUUCUCUUACUUUUCAUUUCUAAAACGUCGUGAUAAAGACAGCCCGAUGGCAACAACAAGACGGAAAGUUGUGAUUGUUGGAGCUGGAAUAGCCGGGUUGUCUGCCGGGGUGGAGCUAAGCAGGUCGGGUCAAUAUGAGGUCAUCAUCCUGGAAGCUAUGUCGACGUUCGGGGGAAGGAUACAGACUCUAAAAGGAUUUGGUUCUCAUGCAAUAGAACUGGGAGCCAAUUGGCUGCAUGGUACCAAGGGUAGCCCUGUGUAUGAGCUGGCAAAGAAACACGACCUUCUCAGUAUGUCCGAUGGAAGCUCAUCUUCUUGCUCAUCUUCAUCAUCAAUAUCAUCUUCCAUUUUUGACGACAAUGAGGAUGCCAAGUGGUACAAAAAUAACAGUGCUGAAGAAAACCAAUAUAGAACAGAGGCUGGCGAGUGCAUGAACACCAAACUGGUCCUGCAAGCAAAGAAAAUGUUUGCAGAUGCUAUGGACAAGAAUGUUGACAGUAUACAUGUAUCUGAGGUGGACAUGGACCAAAAUACAGGUGACGCUCUAGCUCAGGGAUUCGCGGAGGAGUUGAAGCAUCGUGGAAUCGUCAACGACACUAAGGAGUACCACCAGUACUGGUUGAUCUACAAGCACUGCUGCAGCAUGGAGUGUCUGGACAUUGGGUCCAACACGCUCCGAGAUGCCCAGCUCAAGAGCUACGACAACUACAAGGAGCUGGAAGGGGGCUACUACACGACCCUGGGGGAGGAAGGCUACCAAGGUGUCCUGGAGAAACUGCUUGAGGACAUCCCCGAAGGCAGUAUUCUCUACAACACCCCUGUGGAAAGGAUACAGUAUGCUGACUGCAAUACUAGAAAUGGUAGUGUUCCUCAGGAUGAUGAUGAUGAUGCCGUUGUCACGGUGACCUGUGAGGAUGGGAGGACUUUCCGCUGUAGUCAUGUCAUCAUGACUGCGUCUGUCGGAUUUCUCAAGGAGAACUUGGAGACCUUUUUCAGGCCACCGUUGCCAGAAGACAAGCUCAGUGCUAUCAGAACGCUCCCGUAUGGAAAUGUCAACAAAAUUUUCCUUAAGUAUAAGCGGCCAUUUUGGAACUCGAGCGACUUUGGCCUUCAGGUCCUCUGGGAUGCGCCCUUGCCAACCAAGGAGGAAUCGGAGGAGGAAGAGAAGGAGAAAUUCUACCGGAUGCUUCCCGGAUUCGAUAUUGAAGACCGGAACGAUGACAUACUCGUUGGAUGGACGUACGGCAGAGGGGCAGAUUACAUGGAGACGUUAACUGAUGAAGAAAUUGGACAACGUUGUACUGCAAUACUGAGAAAGUUCUUAAACGACCCGUCCAUCCCCGAACCAGAGAAGGUUCUCUGCACGCGUUGGAAAGGGAAUCGGUAUCAACGAGGGGCGUAUGGAGCCUUCCUUCCGGUGCAGGCAUUGGGCAAGGAGAUCGAAGGUAUCCAGAGACCAGUUUACAGCAACAGGACAAGGCAUGGACAAAAGGUUCCUGUACUUCUCUUCGCCGGUGAAGCAUUCCAUAAAACGUACUUCUCGACAACUCAUGGUGCUAUGGUGUCUGGAAUGGACCAAGCUAAAGUUCUUAUCAAUUUCUCGUUGGUAUCAAAAUAAUCAUGUACAAUACUCUUAGGAUAUGAUUGAAGUUGCAUCCUUGAUGUUUCUUUUUCAUGCUUGUAAGUAAAAUGAAUAAAAUUAUGUGUUAGGUAAAAUAAAUGCCUGGGCCCGUAUUAAAUUCAAUACUUAGGUACGAAAUGUAAGCUUUUUACUUAGUAUUUCAUCGUUGACGAUUCCGCGCUGCUUCAGUAUUUUACCCUAAAUCUAAGCCAACUCCAUACCAGACUUAAGCCAAUUAUUUAGAGGCCUUGAUUGGCAGGCAUAUGGUUUUCUUACCCAGUACUUUAACCUGCGCACAAUUAUAUCAGCGCGCAUUUAUUG